GUCUUCUGCCUUUUGGGCUCGGUCCCUAAAAAUAUAUCAGCCAAUAAUAUCGGCUGACCAACAUAUCGGUCGGGCUCUAAUUUGUUGAUGUUCUGUGUUCUUAAGAUGGAGUGUAUGAUGAUUGUUUUUGAGGUUCAAUAUUUGAUCAUUUUUACUACAAACCUGUAGUCUGAAAUAAACUACUGAAUGAGACUAGCCAUAUAAAAGCAUAUUCAAUAUAUUAUUUUGUCUGUUAUUUUAACUUCUGUGACCAAGUCAGCCCUCUUAAACUGCCAAAAACCUUUCUCACAGAGAAUAUAGACGCACACAGAAUGUAGACGCAUAAUUUUCUCCAUGACAAAUCACUUAAGAUGAAUUUCAUCACUGUCGUCAGUGACACUGCCCAGGAAAGAGAAGUGAGAAGUCGCAUUCAGUCGCAAGGAACUCAGUGAGAAGGCACUUUAUAUUGACUCCUGCCUAACAAGCUAAGACAUAAGGAAAGGUAACCAACAUGAGUGUGGAUUAUAUUGAAUAUGACGAUUACACUCCUGACAAUGAAACUGAAAAAAACAUCACCACAGCUGGACUGCAUUUCGACAGUUCUCAGUCUUCUUGGACUCAUGCCCUGGUGACAGUCAAUAUCAUCAUAUCUGUUAUUGGCCUUAUAGGAAAUUCAUUGGUGAUCUGGAUCUGUGGAUGGAAAAUGAAAAGAACGGUCAUCAACACCUGGUACAUCAGUCUGGCCAUUUCAGACUUUUUAUUCUGUGCCUUUCUGCCCCUGGAGACAUACUACAUGAUUACCUCAGAUUGGCCUUUCGGACUGUUGUUUUGCAAGCUAACAUCCUCCGCCCUGUUUCUCAAUAUGUACAGCAGUGUGUUUUUGUUGGUUCUUAUCUGUACUGACCGAUGUGUAAUGGUUUCAUUUCCCGUGUGGUCGCAUAACCAUCGGUCAGUGCGGAAAGCUUUCGGCAUCGUUAUCCUCAUGUGGGUUCUUUCUGCACUCCUGACAUUGCCCUCACUGAUCUUCAGACAAACCAAAGUCCACGGCUCCGUCAUUCAGUGCUACACAGACUACGUGGACCACUCCAAACACAAGGCAGUGGCACUGAUCCGGUUCAUCUGCGGCUUCCUGAUUCCUGUCCUCGUGAUUAUGUUCUGCUGCUUGGUGCUUGGUGUGAAGCUGAGAAGUUUGACCAUCAGGUCAACAAAGCCUUACAAAAUCAUGGCAGCGCUCAUCGUGUCGUUUGUCUUCUGCUGGGUCCCCUACCAUAUCUUUGUUCUUUACGAGUUAGAUUUGAGGAACCUCAGCGUGGAAGUAAUUAACACUGGGCUAAAAGUGGGGGCAACUCUGGCUGCUGCAAACAGUUUCAUAUCCCCAGUUCUCUAUGUGUUUGUUGGUCAUGACUUUAAGCAAACCUUAAGGCGGUCUUUGACAUCAAGGAUAGAGGAGGCAAUGGCAGAGGAUUUUCGCACAGGUGGUCUCAAUCACUCACGGUCAAAAUCGAUGGAAAUUGCCUGAUUAAAGUUGAAACCUUUGUUAUCAAUGACAAGAAGCCUUACAAUGCACAAAAAUGAUUAUAGAUCUGACUGAUUUUUACAAAAUCAUAUGUCAGGACAAAAUUGAUUGGAUGAAAUAUUGGUAAGGAUGUAUAUUGUAUGUAUUGAUGAUUUAUUUAACAUUAUGAUAAAGCCUCACAAUGACAACAUUUGGUCAUUUGGGCAAUGUUGGUCAGGUUUCAUUCUUGCAGGUCAAAGAUUUAUGCUGCUUUGAAAACCAUGCGCCUGCUAAUGUUCUCGAAAAAUAUCUUUGUUCUCAAUCUUGUUCUCAUAUUUAGAAUUUUUAAUGGAAAAUAAACAAAAUGUAAAAAGUAAUUACAUUGUUGUAAUUACUGAAAAGUUCUGUAUAUUAUUGUAGCCCUACUAGUAAGCAGUACUGUCAAUCAUUGUAUUUGUGUUUUUUGUGCUCAAUUAAGUUAAUAAAAAAUUAGAGCUGCACUUGUCAAUAUUUCUAU